AUGGCUGCGGUCACAAAGGCACAUUUUUCCGAACAGGAGAAAGAUACGGGGCAUUGCCAGCUUUUCGUUGAGAGUCUGACUGGCAAUGCUCUCACCUGGUUUUCUCGACUUAGUCCGAAUUCGAUCGAUAACUUCGCCCAGUUGUCGACCUCAUUCCUUCGACACUACUGGCAUUUCAUACAACCCGGAGCUUCCAGCAUCGAUCUCUGGGACACAACACAGGAAGCCGAUGAAACUCUGCAGCAGUACUUGGUGCGAUUUAAGAACCUGCUGGCCAAAGUUUUAGUUCCGGAAGAUGCCGCCUUGGCCGCGUUUCGAAAAGGGCUUCUUCCAAGAUCGUCCCUACGAAAGGAUUUGGCCAUCCGCGAGCCAAAAGAUCUCGACGACGCACUACAUCGCGCGUCCAAAUACGCACUUUUCGAAGAGGAAGAUGCCAAGUUAGCGGCAAAGUCUGAAGCAACCCGUCCCGCACCCCGAGACCGAAAGCGCGAAGACUACCGGGAACCACGGAAGCACCAUGAGGGAAAGGACGCUUCAGGCGGUACGAUUAGCGCAAUCUCCAUAGAAGUCAAUAACCAAAAAAAAUCGCCCAAAGAAUCGUACUGCACCUUCCACAGGUUCGCCGGACAUUCAACCGAAGAGUGCAAGCAUCUCUCCAACUACCUCCUCGACAAAUAUAAGUCCGGCGAAAUAGAAGUUGUAUUCCAACCAAAGGAGUAUAGGGGACAACGACCUAACGGAAGGCGCGGGCGUGGUCGAGGCCGAGGCUAG